CGUGGAACCCCAACUGCAUGUACAUUUAUGUCUCUCGAGCUUAAUCCGCUAAAUCAUUACGAUUGGCUAUACUAGGCCAGGACCCAAAGUUCAUCGAUGGGACACGGCACAAUGGUAGAACUACCAAUGGCAGAGGUUUUGGCGAUUGAACAUGGCAUAUGCCAGUGGCUUUAGAGGAGCUAUCUGGGAGAUGAUAUCGGCAUCGAGCUGCGCUUAAACUUUGAGCUUGCAGUCAUAUAUGAUCCAUCUACUUGGCUGCAGCUUGAUAUGGACCCAAUGGUUGAAUUGCCGUGAUUGCGAUGCUACUGCCCUCUUCUUCCGAUGAUGUCUUUUUCGGGUGCAAUUAUUCGAAUAAUAAAAUGUAUGUUCCAAGUGCCGUUGCCAUGUCGGUUCUGUAGUGGGAAGAGACUCUUCUGAAUUGGAGGUGGAACAGAAAAUGCUCGAGGAGCUUUCAUGUAGGCAAUCAAGAAUGCUCGAGAAAGGGACAGGAGAACUCUACUACAUGCUUCUUGUCGCUCUUUUCAAACAGAUGAACAAAGGCGAAUCUAAUAGUUCGGGUAAACCUGCCACCGAGAAAGUAAACAAGGUUGGAGAGCUAUUCCCUUCCUCGUCACUUGAGGACUAUGCCAAAUCAUGGGGAGGUGGUGGUGCUGGUUACGAUAAUGGUAAGGAGGAUGAAGAAGAUGAGAACCAGGAGGAAGAAGAUGGAGAUGAAGCCGAAGAGGAAGAGGAAGACGACAAUGAUGAUGAUGAUGAUGAUGAUGAAGAAGGGGAUGGUAGUGAGGAAGACAAGAAGUAGUUUAUUGUAGUAUAGCCUCGGUUUGACAUUUUAUAGUCAUUUAACGGGUCUUUAUCAGCAAGAUCCGUAGAGAGGAUGGAGAUGAUUGUAAUGACACCUUCACAGUAGAAAGACCAUGGAAGUAUUUGACAAUAGUCUCCUGAUGAACGGUGAAAGUUUUGAGAUUUUAGUAAUGCGCAUCCAUUUUCUGUGUAUGUUCAUAGAAACAAUGGAAUUUGUUACUUUGUUGAGUUGGUU